GAGCUAUAAAUAUAAAAAAAUAUUUGUUGUCAACUCAAAACAUAAACAUUAAACAAAACAGUAAACAAUGUUCUGCUGUAUUAUGUACAUAGUUAAAACGAAAGAUAUUAAAAUAUUUUAAAUUCAGAAGUAAUAUGUAUCUAAGAAAGAGAACAGUCCUUAAAUAUUUAACAGGCUUAACUCUUGGAUUAGUUUUAUAUUGUGAGUGGUUUAUUUAUAUAGCCCAGCCACUUUUCUGGAACAAGUUAACCUGUGACAACAGCAUUAAAAAUGAUCGGUGCACGAAGAUUUUGUUCAUAUCUGAUCCACAAAUACAAGGUGACAAUGCUGUACCAUCUCCAAUUGGAGAUAUUCUUAAUUGGGAUAGUGACAGAUAUUUGCAAUCAACAUAUAGAGUUGUAAUGAAGCAAUUCAAACCAGACAUAAUUGUAUUUAUGGGAGAUUUAAUGGAUGAAGGUUCAGUUGCCACAAUACAACAGUUUCAUGGAUAUGUCAAAAGGUUAUCAAAUAUAUUUGAUACCAGUUACCCAGUGGUGCAAAUCUGGAUCCCAGGAGACAAUGAUAUUGGAGGGGAAAAUGAAGUUGUAAAGCCGGAUAAAGUUCUGGAGUUCAACAAAGUGUUUUCUCAACCGUCUGUAAUAUCUUACAACAAUAUUUCCUUUUACAAAGUAAAUGCUAUCACACACUCUAUUCCACAGCCAUUAGAUGAAGGUGAUUUAAAUUACAAAAUAGCGAUUUCACACUUUCCUGUGCUCACAAGGACAGCAUAUGCUAAAAAGGUGAUUAAUGCUUUACAGCCAGAUAUAUUCUUCUGUGCACAUGAUCAUGUAUCAAAAUAUGUGCAACACCAACAUGACUUUGUUAAAAGUAGAACACAUUUGCUCCAAUAUAAAGAUCCAGUUUUGGUGUUGCCACUUGAAAAUAAUGAAAGUAUUUAUGAGAUAUACACACCAACAUGUUCAUAUAGAAUGGGAACAUUUAAGAUUGGAUUCGGAGCUGCUGUGAUUGAUAAUGAUCAUCUCAAGUAUACUGUAUUCUGGUCACCAUUGAGGUUUCCCUGUCUAUUUGUUUAUUUACUGUUGUCUAUUAUAGUUUUUGGGUACACUUUGUUUAUCUGUUUUAUGAGAUUAUUUUCAAGGCUUUGCCACCACCUUCCUGACUCUGAGGACACCAAACGUCUAUUGCCACAGGUGUAGUGAGCCAAAUUAUAUUGUCCAUUUCAAAACCAGGGUAUUUAUUGUUGUUAUGUAUGAAAUUUGUACUGAGUCAAAGUGAAUCAUUUUUAGAUAUUACCAAAUGACUUAUUUUAAUAAACUUUUAUUCCUCAA